AUGAGAAAAGUAGUUGGUGAUGCAGGAGGAGGUGGAGGAGGUGGAGGAGGUGUAGGAGAUGGAAGAGGGUCCGUGGCGGGGCGGGUCGUGGUUGCUCAUCCAGACCCCGUGUCACCCGGCAUCGCCCACGUGGAAGGGGCGGCGGAGGCGGCGGCGGCGGGGCUCGGCCAGCCGUCGGCUCUGGAAGAGCUGGCGUACAACACUAUUACAGCCACCGUUGGAUUCCUGUCGUUCCUCGUCAGCCUCCCCAACGAAUACAUUGCUAUUCGCGUGCGACUACCGGCGAUAAUGGCUCAACAGGAUGCCAAAAGGGAAUUUUUAGCAUUCUUCCUCGUGGGAAUACGUCAUCCAGCCCAUCUUUUACAUAUGCCUGUCCAAAAAGGUUCGGAAGAGGCACGUCCUCUCUUGUCCUUGGGCGCUAAGUGCGGUCGGAUGUCUCGUAGCCUCCCAAACAGCACGACACUUGCCCCAGUUCGCUCAAAGCGUGUCUUCUUCGUUGCAGGGUACGUCAUUGUGGAAAGCCCGGAGCCUCCUGGAGAAGAUCUUGUUGGUGACGUUGGCCCUUCUGGUGCUGCUAGUGCUGGUCCUCGCCACCCUGCUUAG